CAUGUCGCUGUCUCUGCUGCUGCUGCUGCUGCUGCUGGGCAGCUCCCAGACAUCUCAUUUUAUGGGAACGGUCAUGACCUUCUACCCAAAAGACCGCAGCCCAGAUGGAUCGGUCACGGUCGUCCUUCGCUAUAAGUUGAACUUCCACGCUUUUGGCGGCGACACGUGGAGGUGCUUCAGGGGGAACUGUGGGAGUCAGAGUUCUUUGACGCUGAACAGAGUGUCCCAGGAGAGCAGCGCAAAGUGGUACCAAGACGAGGGAGUCAUGACUCGGCAGGUUCUCGACAGAGGUGCUUUUCAGCUGUGGUUGAGCGGUGCUGCCUGGAUAAGUAACAGAAAUGGCAUCUCAUCAUGGAGAGCCGUGACACUGGUAGAUCUGAGGAACCGUUCCGACACCAGCAGGGCCAACGCGUCCCCUCAGACCACCAUCCUGCCACUUGUGAGAGUUCCUUCAAACUGUCAGAGAGAUUUCAACCUGUUGGCGUUUGACCCUGACGGAGACGAGGUUCGAUGCAGAUAUGGAAACGCAUCACUGACAGAGUGUAGCCCCUGCACGCCACCGUCUGUCCUCCGCCUCUCACCAUCGUGUACUCUGUCAUUCGGCGCCACCACCAGCAGUGAUGAAGGUCCAUACGCAGUCCAGCUGGUGAUGGAGGACUUUCCCAGACAGACGAUCACCCUGAAUCAAGGCGGAAGCUUCCAGACGAACAUAACUACAAACAACGCUAUCAGCAAAAUACCUGUCCAAUUUGUUCUACAGGUGGAUCCUGCGGUGCCAUCCUGCACAGAGGGACUCUAUCUGCCAGCGUUCCUGCCUCCAACACCGGCCAACAGAGCUCGACUUUACACCCCCGUCAAUCAGACCCUGGACAUCAGCAUUAACGCAGCUGCAACUUUCUCCAUGGUCUCUGAGCUGCUGUUCAGCGGGCCGCACAACGUGAACCAGACCAGAUCAGGACCAGGUCAGUUUACCCUGAGCUGGAUGCCGUCUCAGAGCGAGGAGGGAGAGAGCCAACCCAUCUGCUUCAUUGUCCAAGCACUUUCCAAUUCAACAAAGUAUCAUUCUGAGCUGCGAUGUGUCAUCGUAAGUGUUGGAAACGAUCCAUCACCAAGCGCUGAACCAACUACAGAGGGACCUACGCCAUCAGCGGGACCUACGCCAUCAGUGAGACCUACGCCAUCAGAGGGAUCUACGCCAUUGUCCCAACCAAUUGUCAUUCGCUUGACGGCGAGGAUUUCCUCUGUGGUGGCUCUGACUGAGGAAGACAUCAGGAGUACGGUCGUACAGCAGCUUAAAAACGAACUGGUGAAACUCGGAUUUCCACCCAGCGCCAAUCUGACGUUACUGGGGAAGGUGUAACUGGAAAUUACAGCCACUGGGGACCCCUGCUGAUUCAUCGUGGUCACCUAUCCACCUGGCACAAAAUCUAAGAAGUUUUCAUUUUAAUUUAAAGGUUGAACUGGGGAAACUGGGCUUUGUUUUUAUCAAGGUCCAUUUAGUAGCUGUUCUUGGUCUUUUAAUGGUGUCUCCUGAUCUUCAUUAAAAAAUGGGAUUGCCCUAGUGGACAUUGAUUGAACUGUAAAUGUUCAAAUUUCUUUACAGUGUUUAAACUUUUAACGAUCAUCACUAUCAUUUUUAACAAAGUAAUGUUUUAGACCAGGGGUGUCCAAACUUUUUGUCCCGAGGACCACAUACAAAAAAAAUGAGAAGGAUUGGGCCACUCACGCCACCACGCUGCUGAUGACGUGUUUUUUUUCCCGGCUACCAAACACGACCGUAUUGUUGUUUUGUGAAAAUAUAGCUGAUAUUCAACCUUUAAAAGGCCAUAGACUAAAACCAGAAUUAAACAAUAACAUUUCCUUGUUGCUAAAGACAUGGGCCAGGUUCUGGAUUUAAAUAACUAAAUCCAACGACUCUACAUGCUGCACAUUUUACUGAUCUUUCCUCAUGUUUUACGUGACAGUUACAGAAUCCCAGUUUAUAGAUGCUAAAUGUUUGUUUUAUUAAAACAUAAUUUGUUUAACCUCA